AAAGGCCCUUGAAGGCUGUAGCGGUUGGGAUGUCGCACGUGUGCGAGUGUCCUCUGCGGCUGGAGAAGGGCUUCAUCCUGGAUGGUGUGGCCGUGAGCACCAUGGCCCGCACCUAUGAGCACCUGAGGCCCAAGGUCUGGUCGGCGAUUCCGCCCUACAACGCCCAGCAGGACUACCACACCCGCCGGUACUUCCAGAGCCACGUGGUACCGCCCGUUCUGCGCAGGACUGAACAGGAUCACGGGGGCACAGGAAGGGAUGGCUGGAUAGUGGAUUAUUUCCACAUCUUCGGGCAAGGACAGAGAUACCUGAACCGGAGAAACUGGGCAGGGGCAGGGCAUUCCCUCCAGCAGGUGACCGGGCACGAUAACUACAAUGCUGAUCUGAAAAUGUGCAAUGGGUUCAAUGGUCGGUUUGGCUACCGUAGGAACACCCCAGCUCUCCGCCAGCGCCCGUCGGUCUUUGGAGAGGUCACCCGAUUCCCUCUGUUCUGACAGCAUCCCUUCCCUUCCCACCCCUUGACCUGAAUAGGAGACAGAUGUUUAGAUGAUCUCUCAAUUCUAUUUUUAUAUAAACAGUGAGGUUAUUGUGCCUCCAAGUGUGCUGUUUCUUUUCCGAGCUGGGGACCGGGGCCAGCUUGUUUCUUCACCCUCAGCUUCUCUAGCCUCUGGAGAGGAGGGGGGAGGAGAGAGGCCAUCGUCAGGCCCGUGCCCUUACGUGCCAUGCCAACGUGUGCCAGGCUUGAAAGGAGGCCUCAGUUCUCCCCUGCCC